AUGGCGCUGCGCUGGCUCUGCGCGAUGCUACUGGCACUGCCCGGCGUUUGGGGUGUCUGCCAGCAGCCGCCGCGGUUUGUCUUUGCCGAGCCCCCCACGCCCCUCAAGGAGUCCUACCCCACCGGGAUCGAGCUGAGAUACAAGUGUCGCCCGGGGUACGUGAUGGCCAGCGGCAAGUCCCCCAAGGUCACCUGCCUCUCCAACUCCAGCUGGUCAGCGACCUCUGACUUCUGCAUCGGAAAGUCGUGUGGUCUACCGGACAUCAGGAAUGGCAAGUUCAACUACACAACCAACCUCCUGUUUGGGGCAACGAUCACCUACACCUGUAACAUCGGGUACCGAUUAGUUGGGAAGCCGUCUGCACAAUGUGUACUUAAAGACAAAGAAGUUUAUUGGGAUAACAUUCCAGAGUGUGACAGUAUCCCCUGUUCACCACCUCCUGUGAUUGAGAAUGGGCAGCUCAUCAACGGAGACAGAGACUUCACCUUUGGCAUGGCUGUAAGCUACAGCUGUGACAGAGAUUUUGCUCUUAUUGGAAAUGCCACAAUUCACUGUACGGUGGAUGAUAACCUCGAGGGAAUGUGGAGCGGUCCAGCCCCUGAAUGCAAAGUGGUCAGAUGUGAAAAUCCAAAAGUGAAAAAUGGGAAAAGAUUGUCUGGCUUUGGCACUAAGCACACGUAUAAGAAUACAGUGACCUUUGGGUGUAAUCCUGGUCACUUGCUCAAUGGUAGUGGUGUUGUUACCUGUGAAGCAGACAGUACCUGGAAGCCACCUCUGCCAACAUGUGACCCAAUCUACUGUGGUCCUGCCCCACAGUUCCUUUUUGCUGAGAGUGAAAGGGCUGUAGGUGACAGCUCUCUUGCUGGAACUAAGCUGAUGUAUCGAUGUAAACCGGGUUAUACUGCAGCACAUGGAAUGUCCUCUGUUGUCACUUGUCUGAGUGAUGGAACUUGGUCUGCAGACCCAGACUUCUGUAUACGACAGGAAUGUCCUCAUCCCAUGAUAGAGAACGGGGAUGUGAUUGCAGACAAUUUCUUGUUUGAGACAGUCGUGACAUUCAUCUGUCAUUCUGGGUAUGAAUUAAAGAAAUCUUCUGCCAAGUGCGUGGUAUCAGGAGAUGGAGUUGACUGGGAUACAGCACCUCCAUACUGUAAAAGGCAGUUCCCUGACGUUCUCUGUGGAGAGCCCCCCACAAUCGACAAUGGGAUGCACAAUGGUGGAAAGGACACAGAGUUUGUCCACGGCUCCACUGUAGCUUACAAAUGCAAUGAUGGCUUCAUCCUUGUUGGGGAGGCUUUUCUUCAGUGUAUUGCAAGAGAUCAAUACAGUGGAGUCUGGAACAAGCCCCCUCCUGAAUGCAGAGGUGGAGCAAACAUCAUCAUUGUUGGAAUCUUGCCCCUCCUCCUGGCAAUGCUGGUUAUGAACAUCUAG